GACGCAGGCAGCUAUGCGUCAGCUGAGGAAAGGUUUGUGCUUUACGGCGCUUCAGUGUUUACUGUAUUUAAAGCGAUAUGAAACGUUAAAGGUGCUUGAAGUUCUGCUGUUAACAGCGCGGAAAUAUUACUGAAACCAUCGUGCCUCAGUAAUGUGAAGUGAAUUAAGAAAAUUACAGAAUGCAGUGCUGUAAUGUUUUGAGGCCUGCUCCCAUUAAGAGUGAAGCACAAACGUACAAAAUAAGAAUAUUAAAUAUAUUUAUUCUCACUCUGCACUGCUCCAUGUAUCACUGAAGCUGCAUUAAUUCAGUACCCUUUAUAGUCCUUCAGAAUCAGCCCAUCAGAGCUUUAUCGCAGAUCCGGAGCGCUGUAUCUCAGCAGAGAUCUUGAUCUUCAGUGAAUCCGUCGUCUCAGAAGCAGAAUAACUCUGAUCUGACAUGGAGUUUGUCAGGGUGCUGAUUGGGGACCUGAGCGAUCCAGAACCCUUCAAGAUAUUGAAGGAUGACCCCGAGGAGCACACAGACCUGGUGGAGCUGAAGGAGGAAAGUCAAGAGCUGAAUGAAUGUCCGUUUGAGGAAACUCAUGCAAACAUAACCAGUGAUACAUCAUCAGUGAGUCUCUCACAGACUGAAGAUAAAGGCACACAGAAAACAGCACUGAUCUGUCCUCACUGCGGAAAGACUUUCAGACAGAGAGGUCAUCUUGAGGAUCACAUCAGGACUCACACCGGAGAGAAGCCUUACGCCUGCCUCCAGUGCGGGAAGAGCUUCACACACAAGGGAAACCUGAAGGAUCACAUGAGGAUUCACUCGGGAGAGAGACGCUUCUCCUGUCAGCACUGCGGGAAGAGGUUCACACAUAAAGCCAACCUCACGGAUCACAUCCGGAUCCACACGGGAGAGAAGCCGUUCUCCUGCGAUCAGUGCGGGAAGAGCUUCACACACGCCACCAGUCUGAAGACUCACCUGCUGUCUCACUCCGGAGAGCGGCCCUUCAGCUGCCAUCAGUGCGGACAGAGCUUCAUCCUAGCGGCGCACCUGAAGAGACACCUGCGGAUCCACACCAACGAGAGACCCCACGUGUGCUCCUUCUGCGGGAAGAGCUUCCUGUGGCUCUGCUACUUCAAAGACCACCAGAAGAAGCACACGGGUGUGAAAGCUCACGUGUGCUCCGAGUGCGGCAGCGCCUUCACGAGAGCCAGCGAGCUGAAGAUGCACCAGAGGACACCCACCGGAGAGAAGCCCUACCAGUGUCCCUCGUGUGCUGCCAGCUUCAGUCAGUUCAGCCAUUUACUGAGACACCUAAAACACCAGAGCUGUCCGAAGCUGACGCAGUUCCUCUUCAGGCCUCCGGGGGAGCAGUCCUCCUCAGCUGAAACACUCACCAUUCACCCGAAGGAGGAGCUUCUGCCAGAAUAACACAUCAGACUCUCAUAUUUAUUAAUAAGAGAUGUAUACUGCUGACAGAGUUGGUCUGGGAUCACUUCAAAGAAUUGUAUUAAAAUGAUCUGUAUGUGUUAUUAUCACGUGUCCCUGCAGCACAGAAGCAGUCAUCAGUAAAGAUCAUGUUCAUGA